GCAUGGGUAGGAUGGGGAGCAGAGGAUGGGGAAGGUGCAGCUGACACGGCAGAGGAGAAUGGAGCUGGGGUGACCAGGGGCUGGCACAGCUUGGCUGGAGGGGCAGCAGCUCUGGGCAGGCAGUGUUAAGCAGUCAGAUUGUCCAGCACUGCCUGAAGGGAUGCAUCCAGGACACCCCAUUCCCUGCUCAGUCGCCUCCCAGGCCACCUAGCUGGGAGUGGAGCUGCACCAUGGCUGCCCAUAGCAGGCUUGGAACACCCAUGCCUGUCUGCCACCCUCCUUGUCCACUGUGGUCUGUCUGCCACCCCCCAUGUGCCCACUGACUAAAGCAGGACCAUGCUGCCACGAGCCCCACAGGUACUUUUCAUCCCACUCUACGUCCUGCAAAGUGGAGGCAGUCUCUGGUGCCCCCCACUCCCUCCCUGCCUCAGGGUGGGGGUCCCUCAAUGCCCAGGCAGGUGUGGGGCUGUGACCCCAGGAGCCUGACAGAGUGGGGGCAGAGGGGACAUCACACUGAGGGACACAGUCUCACAGUGACAUGAACCCCUUUUUCUGCCUGCCCUGCUCUGGGUGCACCCGGCCUUGCAGGCCCUGAGCACGGCAGAGCAGGUGGGGAAGCUCGUGCAGGCACCACGGGUCAGACCGUGCCAGCAGCAUGUCAGUGGUUGGGUUUGGGAGAAUCCCAGCCACUCCUCGGGGCAGGUUCCAGCCUGGCCAGGAGGACGGGUCACCGAGCCCCAUGGUGGGUCCCGGGGCUGUCCCUGGGUCCUGUGCCGGGAAGAACCUGCCGCUCCUCCCAGCAGCCCUCUGGCAGCCAGUCGGGAAACAACAGCUCGCUUUGUUCUUUCACAAUCCGCUAAAGAAAUGGGGAAAAUCCCAAAUUUCAGCAGUGGUGCAACAGUUCCUGUAACCCUGUUUUGGGGCUGGCAGGCACUUCCCCUCUGCCCCAGGGGUUUGUUCACCCCUGGCUGACUCCGGCCCUUCCAAACCCCCCCGGCCCGUUGCCCAAGCCAAUCCCAGCAGUGCUCCCGUGGAUCCGGGAGGCGGGGAAGCACCAAGAUAUAAAUCCGGCAGCCCCGGCACCACUCCCCAUCGCACUGGUGAAGCCAGAGUUGCUGAAGCGACAUGAAGACCGUGGGGCUGAGCCUGGGGCUGGCCCUGCUCUGCUUGCUGCUCGUGGGGGCUGAGGACCUCGGCGCUGCGGAGUUGGACAAGAGCAAGAUUGCAGGGAAAUGGCACAUCACUGCUAUGGCCUCUGACUCCGAGAGCUACCUCCAAAGGAAGGACCAGCUGAAGAUGGCGAUGGCCAACAUCAGGGUCCUGGGGGAGGGUGACCUGAAGGUCUCCUUUGCAAUUCCCACCCCGGGGAGAUGUAUGAAAUUUGAGUCAAUCUACAGGCCAACAAACAUCUCGGGUGAAUACUACAGCUCUGACAGAGGCAAUAAGACAGCACAGCUGGUGAAUACCGAUGGCAGGACCUAUCUGAUUAUCUUUGCCACCAGAGAGAAGGAGGGGAAGAUCUUGCACAUGCUGAGACUCUACAGCAGAACCCGGUGGGUGAGACCCAAAGUCAUAGAGCUGUUCAAGACAUUUGCCAAGAUGAAGGGCUUCACCGACGACGCGAUCUGGAUACUGCCAAGGCAGGAGGAAUGCAACCUUGAUGAACCAUAGGCUGGCUCGUGGAUGCUCCUCCCAAGCAAUGCAAGACCCACACUUUGAAGCUCCAGGCUGCUGCUCCACCAGCCCUCUUCCAAGGUCCAUGGUCCAGGCUCUGACACAACCCCUACUCCUCCAGCACACAGUCCCUGCUUUUUGCCAAAUAAAGAGAAACUUAACCCAAA